AUGGACUCCCCCCGCACAGCCAACGCACCCUUUGAUGCUACCGACACCGAUAUUGUUCUUCGUACUUCCGACAAUGUCGACUUCCACGUCUUCAAAAUCAUUCUGUCUCUAGCUUCUCCCGUGUUCAAAGACAUGUUUACCAUUCCUCAACCAUCGUCUCACUCUGACGUCGUCCAUAUCUCAGAGGAUAGCUCCACCAUCGAGAUACUACUGCUUUUCUGCUAUCCGGUAGUGAACCCCUUAAUCAAAGACUUGGAGGAGGCCGGUCACCUCCUAGAGGCUGCGAGAAAGUAUGACAUCGCCGCUGUAUCUUCCUCAGUGAAAACCAACAUCAUUUCCAUGCUCGACGACAACAACGCUGUCAGUGUCUACGGCUUCGCUUGUCAGCACAAUUGGCAAGCCGAAGCCCAGGCUGCGGCCUUCCGUACACUUCAGUUGAUCACUCCCGGCCAUACUGGCGUUUCUCUCAGCGCUGAAGACCUCAACAUGAUGACAACGGCAGACUAUCACAGAUUGCUCGUUUAUCAUGACAGGUGCGGAAAAGAAGCUGCAAAUCUAGGCAAACAACUAGAUUGUUGUAAAUGUCUCGCACCGAACGCGAGACCCUACCAUUUACUGCAAUAUAGCAGAAUGCAGAGUUAUGACACCGGACAUUACAAACGAGUAGGUUUUAUAGCUAAGAAUGUACAUAUCAAAACAGCGACAGCGCAUCACCAGGUUAACAGUAGGCCUGGAUGUAAACGAUUAUGA